AUGUUUAUUCCGUCGACGAUACAUCCUGUCUCCCUUAACGGGACUCAACUAUUUAAGUGGAGGUUCAGCAUCCUCUUCGCCACCUUUACCGGAAGUUUGGCUGCGACCCUUUCAAACUUGAGCUCGUCAUCUACGCCUAUUACUCAGAUUUACGCCCAACACGAUAAAAUAACCCCACUAGACAACACAGCAAAUUAUAAGGCCAAUAAAGACAUGUUUCUCCCUAGAAAUCGAAUAAUAUUCUCAAGGAGCUUGUUAGGUUUCUCUCACAUGAGCAAGAUUAGGCUCUCAACAGUCGUACUAGAUGCUAAGACACCUACGCGUAGUAAUACACCAUCAGUUACCGAACCUAUUCUUGGGACAUCGGUUCUUAUUGGGCUUGCUUCAGUGAUACUAUGGCACUUUCGGAAGAGCAAAAAAAAUGCAUCUACACGUUUGCCUUUAAAAAAUCAACCUUGGGACUUAUCACCUCAUGCAUACCGACUGUCAAGGCAUAUGGCACGAGAUCAGCGUUUGAACUGUGUAGAUAUAGAUCAUCGUCACUACUAUGACACAAAAAAUAGAACAAGGCUCCACGGAGUCAACGGGACUUCAAUCAGUUCGAGAUCUGAAAAAAAAACUCGAACCUUCGCAGGACUGGAGGAAAAAAACAAAGGAAUCUCGUCAAAGAAGAAGAGACCUGCUGGCAUUCAAAUUGACGAAUUUGAUGAUAGUGGUUGGUCUUAUGACCAAUUGCCCGACUUUUUUCACGCUUCCAAUUGCGAAACACCAGGAGGGACCAACAUAAUUCUAACUUAUCCCCUUCCUCGACCUCAAGCAGCAACUCCCAAAACUAACAGUUGUAUGGCGGAUAUAUGUCGUGAACAAUCACCCAGAUUUUCUACUCACCCAACCGACUCUGAAACGGAAACGACCACUCAUCUUUCCCUCAUAGCUCCCACACACGAUACUUACCGAGAUACGAUGUCCUCCAUCUCUUUUACGACAAAUGAACGUCGAGACAAAGGAUGGUCUGAUCCCUUCGAUCUCGAUAUGCCAGAAUUCCGUCGGACAUGUGAGCCUACAAAUUAUAAGCAUAUCUCAGCUGGUCAAUCUCCUCCAUUCCGAAACUUGUCUGGAAUCGAUAAUAAAACUACACCAACUUUCAUCUAA